AUGUCUGGAUCCGAUUCCGCUUCAGCCUCACUUUCUCGAGUCCCCAGUCCCUCCAAAGUCAAGGCCGAGCAUUUCAUAUCCCUGGUCGAUCAUACCAUUUCCAGGACUCCCUCCAUCCACACAGACACUGAACGCUAUGACAGUGACACUCCGCUUGCCUCGGCCGCUGCUCCGCCUGGGCUCUACCACAAAUUGACCAACAAUUCGCUGCGCCAGACGGUACGAUCGGAGUACAAUAAGCAGAAGUACGCCAAAUAUGGCCAAGAUCGGUACCACGGACAAGAAUCCAGUCAGCAGUCCGUUGAAGAUGUUGGGAAGGAUCCUGCGGUCGGCGAGUCCACCACCGCUGCUCAGAAGAGCUAUCUAGAGCGCGCUCAGACGAGAGCUCGGCAGCUUCUAAAGCGCAAGAGAACACUCGGCAAGGGCGAUGCUGAUAAUACGGUAGUGGAUGUGCUGUAUGAGAACCAGCGUGGAUACUUCUUCUUCGGCAUUCCGAAGUACUCUUCUGCUUCGCUUCUGCCUAUGGAUCCCAAGCCCUGGCAGAAUGGCCAGUUCCGAACAAGCGCCGUCGACAUUCGCAACGCGCAGGUGCCUGAUCCGAGCUGGGAGUGGGCAUGGAAGAGUUGGUAUGUGGACAUGAGUCGUGACGUGGACGAGGAGGGCUGGGAAUACAGUCUUGCUUUUGUUGGCCCGAGGGCUGCAACCUUCGCCUGGCACGGCAAUCACCCUUGGUUUCACAGCUUCGUCAGACGGCGUCGAUGGCUGCGUAUGCGCAGACGGAAGGACUCGAAGCAUCAUACCAAGGAGAAGAGCCACGAAAUGGCGGAGGACUACUUCACGAUCCACCCAAGGACGAUGCGGCCGGGCUCUCCUAGUGAAGGAGCGUCGAGCACGUUCGCACAGGCGCUGAACAAGCUGAGGGAUCCAGUAGUAGACAUUGAGAAGAUGGAGAUUAGCAACAUUGGUGACUUGUUCCUGGCACUGCGCAAGUCGACGGUGGAUCGCGAGAAGAUCCACGCGAUCAAGAAGUUCAUUGACGAGGGUGGAGAAGAGCUACAAUAUCUGAGCGAUCGCAUGGGCGACAUCAUGGGAACCUUGAUGUUCCAGUCGUCAAGACGGCAGCUUCUGAGCGACCUGAUGUCUCUCCACGAAGAUGCGCACAAGACACAGAAGGAGUUGGCUGCACACGAGCAUGAAGACGACGAUGCCAAGCAAGCAGAUCAUGACAGAUCGAAACGUCGUGCGGAGAAUCUACUCAAAGCCGUCUACAGUGCAGAUGCGCUGGUCAAGAAGCUAGAGUUUUGGUCAGACAUCAAGGAGAUUGGUGAUGCGACAACGGCAGCAGAAAUGGCAGAAGAAGGUCACGACCUGCCCAGUUUCAAGAACAAACAGGAGCCCUCUGCAGCUGCCAACGGCGGGACCGAGCAUCUUCUGAACGGCAAAGACGACGGCAAUAAGACUGCUUAUGAGACUGCGGUGGAAGCACCGACGAAGAAGCACACUGGGUUUUCUUUCGAGACCGAGUCAAAGAAAUCGAAGGGCAAAGGGAAGAUGACGGACGCUGAUAGCGAGUUGGACCGGUACACGACCGCAUCGGAGGCGCCCUCGGAGAUGACCAGCAAAAGCAAGACCAAAGGCAAAGGGAAGGCGCUGGGCCUCGACGGUGUCGCAGAGGAGGAAGGAGAAGAGCGAAUGGUGCACAAGUUGACAGGCACGCGAGGCGAUCGACGCAGUGUACAGAUCGUGGACCCUGUAUCGGAGGAUAUGAGUGAGCAGGACCUCACGCUUGUUGACGACCACGGAAGUGCAACGGGCUGACGAGCUGUCGCAGAUGGCGGCGACGAUGACGAGGAAGGAUUCUAUGAUGCUGAUGAAGCGGAUUCUGACGAAUACUCUCCCCGGUCGUUGGUUGAUCGUGGUGAAGCAAAGACUCCAGAUUCUAUUGCGGGUUUCAUGAAGGAGAUACGAAAGCCGAAGAACUGGGCUGAGCAGGCUUUUGGAGGAUGGUAA